AUGGCGCUUGAUGCCUGCUCAGGCCAUGCCGCCGAGAAAAUGACGCUCCUGGACCGCCCUGGCCGCCGACCAACAGUCCCAAUUUCUCCCAUUUCCCCGGGUCUCACCCAGGAUCCGAAUCCCCAACAGAAAAGCGAGAUAACACCAGUUCCGCCAAGUCCAUCACCACCAUCCGACGCAUCCGAUUCUCACGUUGAAGACACGAUUGUCUGCGCUCCUGUAGGAGAUGGAAAUGCCGCGGUUAAACAUUUCAUCGUGCAGGUUCCAUCUUCUGAUGGACUGUGGUAUAUUCUGCACUGUGAGGAGCAUCAGAAAGCUUUUCAACAUCCUGCGUUAAGAGGUGCAGCAGCGCACCUCAAAGGCAGCAAACAUGGGUUGCCAUGGUACCCGACAAGCCUGGAGGUCGUCAAGCAUUUCGGUGUGGAGGUUGUGGACUGCGAUGCCGAGUUGGCCGAGAAGAACAAUACGGUUGCUCUAGCCGUCAGCCAGGCCAGCAAGAAGCCUUCUUCCGAACGCAAGGUGGAUAAACCCAGCCCGAAGAAACGACAAUAUGAAUCCAACGAAUCCGAGGUCAAAGAAAAGGAAGUCUCCAGGCGGAGUCCGAAGCAACGGAGGAUUAGCGGAAUCAUCAGGCCGACUCCUGGCCGUAUUUACCUGGCAUACUGGGAAAUGACAAAAGACUGGCUUCCCGCCCUGGUCCUCCCUCACAUAGGCCUCGAAGCGUUCGGAAUCCCAAGCACCCUUGAGAAGCUCGGCUUGAUGAAUCAAACGCCAGACUGCUUGAGAUGUGAAUCCGAUACUCAAAAUCUCAAGUGGCGGGAAGGUUACGAAUAUGACGGGCCUCGUGCAAUGGAUCGAGAGUUUCCCGUCCUGUUUUUCGAUAGACGCGACUUUCCCGAGCAAGCCUCUGCUGGUUGGGUCAAGGCGAGUGACUUGCAAGAGUUGAGCGUUUUUAAAACUUCUUCACGGCUUGUGCCGAAUUUGAAGUUUGCGAAAAAGUACCUUCGGAAGAGGUUACAGCAAGAGACGGAGUUUGCGGAUGAGGACUAUGAGGAUUCAUGGGCUUCUUCGGAAGAAAGCGACUCUGAGAACCCUCCUCUAUGCGUAACAGACGACAGCCCACCCAAACCCACUUUCACAUCUGUUCGCUUAGAGGCAGAACAGGCUGUGACUGAUGUUCCUAAAAACACCGCCGUGGAAGAGAAAGCACCAUUAUCCGCAAAUGAUGGACCAGAAGCUACACUUCCAGCUUCUAUGCCACUGACCCCCGGCGAAAGCCGCCCUGGGACUUCUUCAAAGCUCCAGGUUGAGGCAACCUCAAUAAACCCCGUCAGCCGGCCCAUCGCGGAAGACAUUACAAUAAUUUCCAUAUCCAGCUCCGAAGACGAAAUAGAUGAUCAAGAUCAACCCGCCAAGUCGAGUCGACCACCAACUGCAGACAAUAGAAUGGCGGUAGACCCCAGGCAUUCUGUUGUCACUGAGAUGAAGGAUGCCAGACCCAACACCUCCAUUGCCCCAAGGCAAAGCGCCUCCUUACAACACAGAAUAGCACCAAACAUUCCUAUCACCGGCUAUACGACGCAGGGUGUCGGCCUGGCAUCACCUUCAAGAAAUGAGCGGCAACAUCUUCGAGUCCAAAUACCUACUCCUAUCCAUGUCCAUCAUAUUCAACACACAUUACCCAACCACGCAACAAUAGACCUUCGAAACUUGAUGACGAGGUCUACUUAUAUGGGAUUUCCCGGACCACUUCCGGGCAUCCGGCUUCCACCACCACCGAUUGCCUCCAUCCCGGGAUCUACAGGAUCAUUCGAAUCCACCCAUCAGUCCUUCUCAACCUGGAAUAUCUCAUAUAUCGCCCAGACCCCCGAUCCCGGCGGAAACUCGACCACCAGCAACCCGGCCACUUCAACCUAA